AUGGACGAAAGAUUUGACUCUCUUCUAAUUAACUUGGCUCAAAGUGCAAAUGGAAUUGAGAAUUUUUUAGAUAUAGUAUUUGGUUUCCUACUGAGGAAAACAGAUUUUUUUACUGCAAUGAGCCAAGGAGAAGAAGAGAAAAUUUUAAUGAAAUAUUUCAGAAAGUACCAGGCUCUCUCUGCGGACAAAAGAAGAGAAGAAAAGCGAAUAAUGAUGGAAAGAGAAGAAGAGCGAAAAAGGAAGAUCCAAGAGCAGAAAAAGAAGGAAGAAGAAGAAUUAAGAAAUAAAUUAACAAAGGGCGUGGCAAAAGUUGAAGAGAUUUUUCCAGAUGAUGAAAAAGGUUUAUCUGCAACAAAGGUUGAUGAAAAGACAAACAAUGAGAAUGAUUCCGACUCAGAAACUCCUCCUCCUCCAGGGAAUGGAGGAUCCACUGAAAAGUACACAUGGACUCAGACACUAGGAACUGUAGAGGUACUUAUUAAUACAAUCCCAGGACUUAAAUCAAAAGAUUGCAAUAUUAAUAUUGGAACUAGUAAAUUAAAAGUUGUAGUAAAGGGAGAAACAAUUAUAGAUGGUGAACUUAAUUCAAAAGUUAAGCCAGAUGAGUGUUUAUGGUCUAUUGUAGAUGGGAAAACUAUACAAAUUGUUCUCGAGAAACAGGAAAAUAUUAAUUGGUGGUCAUGCGUCAUAAAGGGAGAUCCGGAAAUAGACACCACCAAGAUUGUCCCAGAAAACUCAAAACUUUCUGACUUAGACCCAGAGACCAGAGCUACAGUGGAGAAGAUGAUGUUCGAUCAAAGACAAAAAGCAAUGGGGCUUCCUACGAGCGACAACUUAAAACAACACGAGCUCCUUGAGAAGUUCAAAGCAGCUCAUCCUGAGAUGGAUUUUUCACAAGCUAAGAUUAACUAUGGUAAUGGAUUUUAA